UAUCUUCUGAUAUAUCUUUUGAAUUGCCUAAUUUCAACGAUGGUAAACAAUCAUGUACGCAGUUCACUUUAAUAGCGCCUGUUAUAGCGCGCAGUCAGGCCGCAGCCGUAAUAAUGGAUUCUGAAAAACAAACUGCGGAAAAUGGGACACAAGAGAAUAAAGCUUUUGACGCAUCUCCUGAAAAUGGUGUAAGCAAUAUGAGCAAACUGGACGUGAAAAAACAGGAUCUGAAGGACACUGAUUUAGAAAACACUAAGCCAACAAACGAAGGAAAAACUCAGGAAAGGCCAAAAUGGGACAAUCAAAUAGAAUUUUUAAUGUCAUGUAUCGCGACCUCAGUCGGUUUGGGCAACGUGUGGCGGUUUCCCUUCGUGGCGUACCAAAACGGCGGUGGUGCCUUCCUCAUCCCAUACAUCAUUGUCUUGCUGGUUAUAGGCAAGCCUAUGUACUACCUUGAGACAGUCCUUGGGCAGUUCAGCAGCAGUAAUUGUGUAAAAAUAUGGGCGCUAUCGCCGGCAAUGAAAGGUACUGGCUACGCUCAAGCUUUGGGGGCAAGCUUCGUUCUAUCGUACUACGUGUCCAUCAUCGCUCUAUGUCUGUACUACCUGGCCAUGAGCUUCCAGUCCACUCUGCCGUGGGCGCUCUGCGACCCUGAGUGGGAGUCGGACAAAGUCUACUGCGUGCCUUCAGGGUACACAGCACCUCCAGGCAUAAAUGGCACUAGUAGUGCAGAGCUGUACUUCACACAAACAGUACUUAGACAGUCCGAUGGCAUUGAUGACGGAAUUGGGGCGCCGAUAUGGGACCUGACUCUCUGUUUGCUAGCGUCCUGGAUUAUAAUAUUCGUGAUCGUCGCUCGCGGUGUAAAGAGUUCAGGAAAAGCUGCGUAUUUUCUAGCCAUCUUCCCAUACAUCGUGAUGUUCAUUCUGCUAAUCAGAGCAGUCACAUUGGAGGGAGCAGGCAAAGGAAUCAUGUUCUUCCUUACACCUGAGUGGGCAAAAAUUUUAGAAAUUAAGGUUUGGUAUGCUGCUGUAACCCAGGUGUUCUUUUCUUUGUCAGUGUGUUCUGGUGCACUUAUAAUGUUCUCUUCUUACAAUGGCUUCAGACAAAACGUUUACAGAGACUCUAUGAUAGUCACUACAUUGGAUACGUUCACAAGUUUAAUGUCAGGAAUCACUAUAUUCGGAAUUUUGGGAAACCUAGCCCAUCAACUGAACCAAGAUGAUGUUGGGGAAGUCAUUGGUUCUGGAGGAUCAAGUUUAGCUUUUAUUUCUUACCCUGACGCCAUUGCACAGUCUCCGUUUGUGCCACAGCUAUUCUCGGUGCUAUUCUUUUUGAUGAUGGCAGUCCUUGGUAUCGGUUCUGGCGUGGCGCUACUUUCCACGGUCAACACUAUUCUAAUGGACUCUUUCCCACGAGUGCCUACCAUUUACAUGUCCGCAAUAGCUUGUUCCGCUGGUUUUCUGCUUGGACUCGUUUAUGUUACACCGGGUGGCCAGUAUAUUUUGGAAUUGGUUGAUUACUAUGGCGGCACAUUUAUGAGGCUAUUUGCUGCUAUAGCGGAAACUAUCGGUGUCUUUUGGAUUUAUGGUUUAGAAAACAUUUGUCUAGACAUCGAAUUUAUGUUGGGUGUCAAGAGUUCAUUCUACUGGCGUAUUUGUUGGUCAAUAAUAACCCCAGCGAUUAUGAUAGCAGUGUUCAUGUACGCAUUGAUCACCACAGAGGCUCUCGUCUACGGUGGCACUUACAGAUAUCCAGAAGGAGCUUACAUUGCGGGCAACAUGCUUCAGUACAUCGGAAUUGCAUUGAUCCCCCUAUUCAUCAUCGCUGCCUUAUGGAAAUAUAGAAGUGGGGAUAUCAUUGAAACAAUAAAGGUGUCUUUCCGCAAAAAGGAAACUUAUGGACCUAGCGAUGAAGAACUACGAGAGCAGUGGCGUCAGUUCAGAUCAGAUGCUAAAUUCGACCGCAGCGUGCAACGCAAGAACUGGUUCCACCAUCUUGGAAUGAUCCUCAUUGGCGGAUAUAGAUGGGGAAAAUAGACGGCAGCAGCGGCUUGCUUACAGGAAUAUGGGUCAAUAACUCAACAAAUUACGAGAAUGUAAAUUAUUUGUAAUCUAAUAACAUUAUUCAUCAUUUAGUUGCGUAAUAAUUAUUUGUAUGACAAUAUUCUUAGAGCUAUGAUAAUGUACAUAUUAUUUAUUUAAUCUCAAAUAAAAUAUUUUUUAGUAUUAA